UAGAAAAUCAUGCCAGAAUCGACUCCAACAUGUUAGUUAUAUUUUAAUGUUUGAAUUCCCAAAACAAAAAAAAACCAUGCGUUAAGACUACGCUAUACCUAUUUUCUUACCUUACUUAUUUUCAUAAUUACUGGUAGGCAUAUCGCUCAUAGCACUAUAUCGCACACUAAACAUUCAUUUACAUAGAACACUUUCACACGGCACACCACGUAAGGGCUUGCUAUACGUACUGUAACUACCAUAUUUAUGAUCUUCAUAUUAGAAUGAGAUAAAAGUACUAUGUUUUGUAUCUUGUUCUCGUCCCGUAUGAUUGGUACAGUCUUGUUUGGUCUAUGUCCGGAACGCAGCCUGUGCAAGUGUGCAUUGAACCGUCAACGCUGUACGUCAACUCAACGUCAACUCAUCUCUCCGCUCCCUCCCUCCGUAGUCUGUGACGCUGAACGAACGACGAACGAAGCAGCGAACAGCGAUUUUUUACAGGCCCCGCCUUUGAGCUCGUGUAUUACAUUAUUUUAAUUGUUUUUCGCGAUGAAUCUGUUAUAAAUAAGAAUAUAGAUUUACGGAACUGAAGACAGUUGGAGCCAUGGGCACAGUUAAUAUUUUGUUAUUCGUCGCGAUAGUUUCGCAAGCGACGGCUUUAUUAACAUCACCACCGAAGAUAGUGAAGCAACCUACACAGGAAGAGCUUCUGUUUCAAGUAGCGCAGCCUGGUGAAGUAGACAAGCCAUUUAUCAUCGAAUGUGAGGCUGAAGGAGAGCCCGCACCCAAGUACAGAUGGAUCAAGAACGGCAAGCCGUUCGAGUAUACGAGUUACGACAACCGCAUAUCCCAGCAGCCGGGGCGCGGCACGCUUGUGGUGAGCCAGCCUCGCGAUGAGGACCUCGGCCAGUACCAGUGCUUCGCCGAGAACGAAUGGGGCACCGCCACCUCCAACUCCGUCUUCGUGCGCAAAGCGGAGCUCAACUCCUUCAAGGAGACCGAUGGCCCGCAGCUAACCAUCACCGCCGAGGAGGGGAAACCGUUCAAACUCACCUGCGAACCUCCCGACGGUCAUCCCAGCCCCAAAGUCUACUGGAUGUUGCAAGGCGAACAGGGCCAACUGAAAACGAUCAACAACUCCCGCAUGACCCUCGAUCCGGAAGGCAAUUUGUGGUUUUCGAACGUGACGCGAUAUGACGCGAGCGAGGAUUACGCGUACACUUGCGCUGCUAAAUCCAUCUUCAGGAAUGAGUACAAGCUAGGCAACAAGGUGUAUUUGCAAGUGAAGCCUGCAGGCACGGCGCCGGGACUGAACCAGCACGAACCCGUGCGACAGUACACCACCAGGCGGGUGGAGAAGGGGCUCAAAGGGAAAAGGGUGGAGCUUUAUUGUAUCUACGGUGGCACGCCACUCCCGCACGUGGUGUGGAAGAAGAACGGUCAGGCCAUCCCGUCAUCCCAAGGGAUCGCGCAGGACAACUACGGCAAGACGCUGGUGAUCAAGUACCCCAAUUAUGAAGACGAGGGCACCUACACUUGCGAGAUCACCAACGGAGCCGGCACCGAGCAGACCUACUCCAUCCAGCUCAGCAUCGAAGCAUCUCCGUUCUUCAUCGUGGAGCCGGAGUUCCAGAACCUGGCGGAGGGCGAGACGGCCACGAUCAAGUGCGUGGCGGGCGGCACCCCCAACCCUCAGAUCUCGUGGGUGUACAACGGCCGCCCCAUCGAGCACGCGCCAUACAACCCGCGCCGGCAGGUCACCGGCAACACCAUCACCAUACCCAACCUGGUGAAGACGGACACCGGCAACUACGGCUGCAACGCGACCAACUCCAUCGGAUACGUCUACAAGGAUGUCUACAUCAAUGUGCAAUCUAUCCCUCCUGAAAUAAAGGAGGGACCAGAGAACCUGACGAAGGUGGACGGCUCGGAGGCGGUGAUGAAGUGCCGCGUGUUCGGUGCGCCCAAGCCGACCGUGCAGUGGCGGCGCGACGACGUGGAGCUCACCGGGGGCAAAUACAACAUCACAGCGGACGGCGACCUGGUGAUCCGCGACGUAUCCUUCACCGAUGUAGGCACCUAUCGGUGCUACGCCAACAAUAAGUUUGGGGAGAAGUCGGCUUUCGGCUCACUCACUGUUAAAAAACGCACGAUGAUCACCGACAAACCGGAAACGUACGAAGUGCCCGCCGGAUCUUCAGCCACUUUCCGGUGCAACGCGCAUGCGGACGAAUCCCUGCCUCUAGAGAUAAUAUGGCUGGUAGACGGACGGCGCAUCGACUUCGAUAGCCAGCCGCGGUACCGAGUCACCAACGACUACUCGCUGCUCAUUUCUGAUACUACCGAGCUGGACUCUGCGAAUUACACUUGCAUCGCCCGCACCCCCUUCGAUGAGGACAGUGCGGACGCGAAGCUCACUGUGCAAGACAAGCCGAACGCGCCGGGUUUGAACAGCAUCCGUUGCCAAGGCCGACUGGCGCACCUCUCGUGGAUUCCCAAGGGGGACAACCGCGCCGCCGUGCUGCGAUACUCCAUACACUACAACACCUCCUUCACCCCCGACACUUGGGACGUGGCCAACGACAACGUGCCCGCCUCGCAGAACGAGUGGGCCGCGCCCCUCACGCCCUGGGCCAACUACACCUUCCGAGUGAUCGCGUGGAACAAGAUCGGUCCGUCCCUACCGUCGGCGCACUCCGACGUGUGCACCACGGAGCCCGACGUGCCAUACAAGAACCCCGACAACGUGGAGGGCAGGGGGACGGAACCCAACAAUAUGCUCAUCUCCUGGGCGAAAAUGCCUCAAAUCGAGCACAACGGCCCCGGGUUCUACUACCUAGUGUCGUGGCGGCGCGACAUCGCCGGCCAGCAGUGGGACGAGGCGCAAGUGCGGGACUGGCAACAAUCUGAACUGUUGGUGCCAAACACGCCAACCUUCGAGCCCUACAGGAUCAAGGUGGUGGCGGUGAAUUCUAAAGGCACAUCGAACGUGACCCCCGUAGAAGUGAUAGGGUGGUCAGGGGAGGAUGUUCCUAUGCAAGCCCCCUCCAACUUCACCCUCGUUCAAGUCACUUCCGGCACCAGCGCAUUGCUCAGCUGGAACGCUGUCUCCCCCGAAUCUGUCAGAGGCCACUUCAAAGGCUACAAGAUCCAAACCUGGAUCGACGGCGAGGAAAACCAACAAAAAGAGAUCCUGGUCAAAGCCGACGCCACUCAAACCUUGGUCACGCAGUUCAAGCCUUUUAAGAAAAACAACGCCCGCAUCCUCGCCUACAAUAGCCGCUACAACGGCCCACCCAGCGAUGUAGUCUCCUUCGUCACACCCGAAGGGAAACCAGGAAAGGUCAGAUCUAUACAGGCCUACCCCCUCGGAUCGUCGGCGAUGCUCGUCAAAUGGGACAAACCUCUCGAUGAAAACGGCAUCUUGACCGGCUACACGAUUUCCUAUAAGAAAAUGAUCGGAACCUCUGAGGGGCCUUUGCAGCAUCGCAAGAAAGCGAUCGAUCCCAAACUGGACCGGGCGAAGUUAGCUGGAUUGGAGCCUAAUACACAGUACAGGAUCAUCGUAAGGGCCAAGACCAAGGCCGGUGAAGGUGACGAGCAAUAUGUCCAUCAGACGACGAAGGCUGUGGUCAACGCGGUCCCGGACGUACCGAUGUUUGAGACCAAAACCUUGCCGGGGAAAGAAGGAACGGCCCACAUCAGGGUGCAAUGGCUGCCCAACAUUGAUGGUCACGCGGGCACCCACUUCGUGGCGUGGUACAGAUUGCAAGGCGACGCGCAAUGGCUUCGAACCCCGGACGUUACGGACGAAGACCAUGUCACUAUCACUGGGCUGCAACCGGCCAGAUUGUACGAUAUAAAGCUCACCGCACACGACGGAGACUACUUCAGCACCAGCGAGAUGCAGCAGGUGGACACCUCCAUAGACGGGCCGGUGAUAAUGCGCGACGACAAGAUGGCCACCGCCGGGUGGUUCAUCGGCGUCAUGGUGGCGCUCGCCUUCCUCGUGCUGGUGCUCGUGCUAGUAUGCGUGGUGCGGCGCAACCGGGGCGGCAAGUACGACGUGCACGACCGGGAGAUGGCCUGCGGCAGGCAUCAGCACCGCGACGCCGGCUUCCACGAGUACACGCACCCGUUGGACAACAAAUCACGGCACUCCAUGAGCAGCGGCACCAAACCCGGCCCCGAGAGCGACACCGACUCGAUGGCGGAGUACGGGGAAGGUGAAACUGCGGGCAUGAACGAGGACGGGUCGUUCAUCGGGCAGUACGGCCGCAAGCGGCGCCCGCCGCCCUCCUCGCAUCAAGACUCCGCCUCGCAGGCCUUCGCCACGCUCGUAUAAUACCCCCACCCCUACCGCGUCCCAAUAUACCCCAUUUCCGGUCUAAAUGGUUGUUCUUUUCCCGCCAGAUCCUACUUCCCACCCCCUAAAGACUUUCUACACGCAUCUCUUUUAGCAUGACCGUUCAAACGCGUAAUGUUAAAGAGAUUUAUCGACAUCUAACUCUAACUAUAAUGGAGUUAAAAGCCAGAAACAUAUUAACGUGUCGUGGCGUGACGUGGCGCAUCGGUUUCAUACAUUUAUCAUGGGUUAGAAAGAGAUAGAGAGGUUAGAGCGUCUACACGACACUACACG